UUGGGAUUUUUUUUUUUUUUUCAAAGGAAAUGGAGAAAGUAGAGUAUGGUGAUGGUGAUGGGGAUGUAGAUGGUUAUGAUGCUAUUGUGGUGGGAUCUGGAUAUGGUGGUUCUGUUGCUGCUUGUCGGAUGUCAAUGGCCGGGAUAAAAGUGUGUUUGAUUGAGAAAGGCCGGAGAUGGGAAGCUCAGGACUUUCCGACUGAUAGUUUCAAGAUCAUGUCAGCUGCCAGGAUUGAAAACAGGAACUUGGGGAUCAGCUUUGGCCCAAAGGAUGCUUUGUUUCAGUUAUACGAACAAGAUGAUUCUCUAGCAGCAAUGGCCUGUGGGCUUGGAGGCGGAUCACUAAUGAAUGCAGGGGUUAUGCUGCCAACUCCAAUUCGCGCAAGGCGAAAUCCCAAAUGGCCAAAAGAAUGGGAAAGAGAUUGGGAGGCCUGCCAAGCUUCUGCUUCAUCCAUGCUGAGAAUACAAAGUGUUCCUGUGAAAUUUGCCAACACGAAAAUCAUGGAAGAAGUAGCUGGAGAAGAGUUUGAAGAAACUAGUCGAGGUCCAUUGAAGCUCGGUGUCAAUUUUGAGAUAGAAGAACAAGCAUCAAAUACAAUGAAGUCGCAAGAAAUGGGUACUUGCUUAGCUUGUGGAAAUUGUCUUGCUGGAUGUCCCUACAAUGCCAAGAACUCGACAGACAAGACCUAUUUGGUUUCUGCAGUCCAGGCCGGGUGUACUAUCAAAACCGAAUGUCAAGUUCAGUAUGUGGUAGAAAACCCAAAUAACAUUUUUGAAAAAGAACAAAGAACAAGAAGAGAAAGAAGGCGGCAGUGGCUUGUCUUUUUCAAUGAGAUCGACUAUUUAACAUCCGAUUUUGUUAUCCUCUCAGGUAAUAUAUAA